CAGCAUCAUCAUCAGAAGCAAGUGAUGAAGGUUCUAAGAUUAUGUUAGGUGAUACAAGUAAUCAGGAUAGCAAAUUAAAGAAAUCUCAAAUAGCCAAUCAUAAUUUAUCUGCUGGAAGUGUUUUCAAUACUUUCCCAUCUACAGCAAAGACAAAAGAAAACACUGGUAGAACGACAUCAGGUGGUCAGUCAUCGUCAAAACUAGUUCCAUGUAAAUUCACCAGCAAUGGGCUACAGUGUCAGGAGCUGGUCAGCAAGCGAUCCAAGUCAGGAUAUUGUACAGCUCACAGAACUGUUGUCAGAAUCACCAAACAAGGAAUUAGCAAGGCAAGUAGAGCUGUAUCUAGUGAACCAACAAAGGUUGACAAGGCAGAGCAGCUGGAGAGUCUGCAUUGCUUGUCUGAGUCAAGUACAGCUAGUCAAGUACCUCAAGCUACAGAACAAUUGCCUCAUGAUGUUUUCAACAUGGAAGAUGACGAACAAGAAAGUGAAAAUGAAGAUUCCCCAGGUUCAGCCAGUUUCCAGUAUGAAGGAGACGAUGAUUUGGUUAUCGAUUUGCCAGAAUAAUGAUAAUAAUAAUUAUUAUUAUGAAUUGUUGUUAGUACCAAAAACAAUGCAAGACUAUUUUGUACAGUUAAAAUUAGAACACAGCUUUCAAUUCAUUUGUAAUAAAUAGAUAAAUGUAAUUUAGCAUGUACAGUGAAACAAUUAAAACUACAAAAAAUGUUUAACUGA